GUAGUUUUAAUAUUAGUAAAAAUACUCACAUUUGUCAUUUUUUUUCGAAAAUUUCUGCUUUGUCCCAUAUUCGAACAAAAAGCUGAAUUAGCUGAAUGUUUUGAAAGAUCGGCUCUUGGUGUGGUGUUUGAGAUAUAUUUGUAGUGAGCGUUUUUGCCUUUUUGAGUUUCUUUGAUAGUAUUUCUUGGGUUUAAAGGAUUUGUGCAGCCUAGGAGACUUAUAUCGAGUUAGUUUCCAAGGUGAAUAUAUAUCAAGUUUUCAGCGAAGGAUUUAUUUUUCGCGACUACGCAAGCAGUUGCAUCGGAACACCAGCGGGGACGGAAAAGAAAGAGGAUACGUCAUUAUUCUACCGACCAGUUUUCAUUUCAUACCAUUUAUGUGUGCAUGGAUUGUUAUGUGGCUGCAAAUGCAUGACUGAAGACAAUAUCUUACAUCGACUAAGUUUUACUUCAAAUACACCACGCAUUAGAUUAACAGAAAGCGUGGUUGGCACUAACAGCAGUUAAGCUAAAGUUCAACACUGAGCACCGCCUCGUCCGUGUUUUGCGGGAAAGGGAUUCAGCGUAUAAUAGUAGCAAUAAUAGCUCACCGACAAGAAUAAAUGGAUAAAAAUUGAAAGAAACGGAGCUUGGUCGAAGUAGGAAGGGAACUGUUAGCUGCAACUGGGCUUGUAAUUCGUCGAGAAUUCUUCGACGGGCUUUUAAUUGUAACUCUAAAUAUACCUUCCUACGUUUCGUCUAAUCCUUUUGCUUUAGCUUAAAUUUAGUUUUCAAUAAGAGUUUAUUUGAUACCAUAAAGAGGCUCUAAUGGUUUCCUUGUUUAAUAUUUAACUCGCUGAUUCGCAGCCAUUCUAAAUAAAUUACGCUGCACCGCAUAAUCCUCAUUUUUGAAAGCAGAUUUAAAAAAUAUAUAAUCGCUAUUGUGCGUUUUCUAUCUUGCCGUUGUUUUCAUUUUUUGCUCCGCCACUUUUUUUAUUAUUAUUUUCCCAAAGGGAACAUUUCUCACCUGCGCGUCUGCUGUAGUUUUUUGAGCGAUUAAUAUCUUUCAUGCGGAUCAUUCAUCACAGAAAUUUUGACACCACAUUGAAGCUAAAAUAUUCAAAACUCUAUUUUUUCACAUUAGAGCUGCAAAUAUUUCAUCCCUAGCAAAACAAUUCAGUUUCUAUUUUAUUCUUCAGAUUUGUAAAUAGAUUGCGUUGGAUUAACUAUCAGCGGCUAUCUUGCUGACAUUUUAUUACAUGACUAGCAGAAGGGACUUGGGAAUUGUGUGAAAUAGACGCAUUAGUUUUACCCUAGACAGAUUACAGUUGUCGGCUGGGAAGUUGCGAUGGACGCCACUGCUGUGGAGUCGACUUCUCCACCAACAAACAAGGAACAAGAUGCUGCAAGUUUGCAACAAGAUUCUCCAGAAGAGACACCCGUACCGAAAGAAGAUGACAAGCUGAUGGAGGAGGACAAGAAGUCCAGCAGAAAAAAUUCGGCAACGGCAGCAGCGAGUGACGUCGAAGUGAAGUUCUCGGCAACCAAUGACAAUGCAGACAUACAAGAGAACGGCAGUUCUGCGGCUGUCCCGAAGCGAGAGAGCACCGAGAGAGGUUCGUUCGAGUCGGCGGCGCAUAACGUGAAGCGAAUUUUAGCACCGAUCAUGUUUGAAGGGGAGAGUGAUCACUCUUUGCUGAGACCCAAAUUCAAAAACCCAAGAAUGGAGACACAAUAUAAGUCCAGCUACUUCAGUGCCGAACUGUUCAGGUUCCGUGCAGCCCUAGUCUAUCUAUCCAUCUACCUAUUGGCCUACAUACUCUACUUCAUGUUCUCGGACUACGGGACUACUGCUUCAGUGGUUACAGCAGCUGUGUUUCUACUAGUCCUGGCAGUUUUCUUCUUUCUUACCUUUCUACCCAUAUGCAACUCGUAUAACUUCCACGUGUACCAUUACGUAAUCGCCACUGUGCUGCUAGUGAUGCCGAUGUGUACUCUGGCGUCGAUCGAGUCGGAGACUCUGAACUCAAUGUACAUUGGAGGUGCUGCGUACCCUGUAUCUUCUCUGUCGGCCAUCUUCCUCAUCUUCAUCCUCCUCUAUGCCGUCAUGUCUAUCCCGGUGAUGCUGGUUUUCUCAGCCGGGUGUCUCUACUCCUUCUGCUUUGAACUAUUCUACUUCUUCAUGUACACUCCACAAAAGGGAGAACCGAGUGGCCGACCGAUGAUUCUGUUCACGCGUCUGUUGCUGCACCUGUGUCUGCACACAUUGGGCGUGCACUUCAGUCACUACUACUCCUCCAGGAAGAGGGAGUUGUUCAACAAGAAGGGCAGGGCUAUUCUGGCCAAUCAGGAGAUAGAGCGGGAGACGGUGGAGAUGAAGAACUUAAUUUACUCUGUCAUGCCCAAAGUGGUGGCUGAACAGAUGAUGGCCAAGGAGGACGCCAGCGAAAAGUCGAAAAUGUUCCGUGACUUGUACGUGGAGGUGUUGGACAACGUGUCCAUUCUCUUCGCGGACAUUGUGGGCUUCACCAACAUGAGUUCUGGCAAGACUGCGGAGGAGUUGCUGGAUCUCUUGAAUGAUCUCUACGGGCGCUUCGACCGACUGGCCGAGGAGACUGGAUGUGAAAAGAUUGCGACUCUCGGAGAUUGUUACUACUGCGUGUCUGGAUGCCCCAGGGAGCGUCCAGACCAUGCGAAGUGUUCGAUCAACAUGGGGCUGGCCAUGAUCCAGGCCAUACACCAGUUUGACAUAGACAGACAGCAGAGUGUGCAGAUGAGGGUGGGCGUGCAUACUGGCAAAGUGAUCUGCGGAGUUGUUGGAGUCAGAAGACACAAAUUCGAUAUCCUGUCGGAUGACGUGUUCAUCGCCAAUGACAUGGAGUCCUCGGGGGAGCCGAGUGCAGUCCACAUCUCCGAGUACACCCGGAUGGCCCUGGACAAGAAUGGAGACGGGGACCAGUUCGUCCUCAAAGAGUUCAAACCAGACGAGGAGAAGAGCUCGAAACUGUCUCGCAAACCAUACAAGAAGACGUAUCUGGUGAGCAAGAAAUUUGGAUCAGAUGACCAGCAAACCAAUACAGGAUCGCCGUCGAAGAAAGCGAAGGAAAGCUGUUCACAACAGGGUGAAUCGAAAACAGAUGCAGAUGGUGUAGACAAGAAAAACUCCGUGGCUGCUUCCACUUCGAUCGCGGUGGCCGGCGCCACAACUGGCGAGAGCUCCACAGAUGACAAACUCACUAAGGGCUCUGAGAAGAAGGAACAGGAUGCCGGAGCUCUAGGAGUCCUCGAGGACAACAGCGAAGAACAACUGAUCAAACUACUGGAGAGGAGAGGCACCAGCAUCCAUAUAUUCACGGACACCCCAAUCAACUUGGCCACUCUGUGGUUCAAAGGCUCCCUCGAAACCGAGUACAAAUUGUUCUUCCGAGAGAAAAUCAUGGACGAAGUCUCGCAUGAACAUCUGAAGUGUACUGCGUUUGUGUAUGACUUACUUCCAACUGCUAUUCUGUACACAGUCGUGGCGUUCUGCUUGAUUGUGAGCAGCGUAGUGCACAAGGAGCCUUUGGCGGUCAGCUUCUACAUAGUUUUGGUGGUGAUCUCAAUACUAGUGUUUCUGAUUCUAGCGUUCCAUCUUAUAUUUGUCUCGAGCGAGAGCCACAGGGAGUCUCUGUCAGUGAUAGUAAGUGGGUGGAUUCCCUGCCAUGUUUCGGGACUGCUCAUGCUGUUUGCACCUAUUGCACUCUUGAUAGCCUACGCCACGUGCUCUUUCGAGCUCUCACCCUACUUCUGCUAUAUUAGCGUUCUUCUCUGGAUCCAUUUUGCUAACUACCCUAGACUAAGCACUCUGGUCAAAGUUCUCGUUCUUCUCAUUUCUACGAUCAUUAUAGCUAUUCCGCUCAAUGUCAACAGUCUCUGCUGCGACGGAAGCUCAAACAGAACCAUAGAAGUGAACGGCACAGAAAUAAACAUCCAACUUCCUCUGUCGGUUUUCUCAGGCCGACAUCCGAUUAGAGUUGAAUUAGUCCUUCAAUACGUGCUUUUGUGUGUGUUUGUUUGGAUGCUCAGUGUAGAUUUCGAAACGAUGAUUCGCGCCAAUUUCCACGCGGAUAUUCAAGAACGUGAUCGUAAAACGGAAAUGGUUCGAAUGAACGAAAAAACGCAGACGAAACUUCAAAAUAUUAUGCCUGCAUAUGUUGUGGACUAUUUCAACGAAACAAACACUAGAGUUUACAGUGCGUCGAGGCAUAAUGUCGGCAUAAUUUUCUUCUUCGUCGAUUUCUGGGCGAGUUACUCGGAGGACUACAAGUCGGGCGCCGAGUACAUUAGACUGCUGAACGAACUGGUCUCGGAUUUCGACGCGUUGCUGGACAAAGACGAAUACAAGUACGUGGAGAAGAUCAAGACAAUCUCGUCGACUUAUAUGGCUGCGAGUAAUUUGAACCCUGCCUACAAUGACGCAGACUGGAAACUGCAGCUGUCUGCUCUCAUGCACUUCAUGCUCGAACUCAAGCAGAAACUCAUAGAGUUCUGCCAAGACAUCCCAGGUCAGGCCACAUAUAUUUCGAAGGGUGGUAUUAACUAUGGACCUGUGACUGCCGGUGUGAUCGGGUCCUCCAAGCUGCACUUCGACAUCUGGGGUGAUGCGGUGAAUGUCUCCAGCAGAAUGUACAGCACGGGAGACAGCAACAUGCUUCAGAUGACAGAGAGAACAAAAAAUGCACUCAUAGAGGCCAAAUGGGAAUCUGAGAAAUUCGUCUACCGGAAGAAAGUUUUCGUCAAGGGCAAAGGCGACAUGGAAACAUAUUACUUCAAGCAUUAAAGCUCAGACGGACGACAGGUUAAUUGGCAGAAUAGAUAAUGAAUCCGCAAUUUUCCAAUCAAGGUUUCAAAUCCCAACUUCAGUAUAUGAAUUUAGAAUGAAUUUUGUAUUUUUAGUUGCUUCUAUUUGCAGAAUUCGUUACAGGUGCGGUUUUGUAAUUAAUAUAAUUCAAUUUGUAGUGGCUUUGUUAUUUCACUCAGCUGCGUUUGUGAAUACCCCUGGCGAUCCUUAGAAUUUACAGCUUAUUGGAGUUUGGCCAUAAGAAAAUCCCAUUUUAUUGGACGACUGGAGCGAUAUGUACCGAAAACUUCUUUGUACUUGAAUUUAGUUAUCUUCUAAUCUAUCCCUAUAUCUAUAACUACUGAAGAAUAAUUUAUACAGAAAAAUCAGGGUUGAAAGAUUGAUGUGGCUACUAAAAUACCUAUAUGUGGUCGAGUUUUGUAAAACAGUAUGAUAACACAAAUAUGAUUGCUUUAAUUAAUAGAUGAAUUAUGAAUUGUAAAUAAAAGUU